AUGUUUCAGAACUUGACAAAUCUGGAGAUACUUUCUCUCUCUGAAGUCAACAUCAAAUCACCGAUACCUGUAAGUAUUCAUCCCAAUAGCAGCCUCUUCCAGCUUCAUCAUCUCAACACACUAAACCUUGAUAACAAUUAUUUUUAUCCUUCUUCAAUCCCAAAUGGCAUUGGCCGAUUGAGGAAUUUGAGGCUUCUAAAACUCUCUGGCUUUGAUGGGAAAAUCCCAACAGAAAUCUCAUACCUUUCUAAUUUGGUUUCACUUGAUAUUUCUGGUUAUGGAUUACAACUUGAUGAGAGAACAUUUGAAACAAUGCUUCACAACUUUACAAAUCUGGAGUUACUAGCUCUCCCUCUUGGCAACACCUCAUCACAUAUACCUGUAAGUAUUCAUCCCAAUAGCAGCCUCUUCCAGCUUCAUCAUCUCCACACACUAAACCUUGUUAACAAUUAUUUUUAUCCUUCUUCAAUCCCAAAUGGCAUUGGCCGAUUGAGGAAUUUGAGGCUUCUAAAACUCUCUGGCUUUGAUGGGAAAAUCCCAACAGAAAUCUCAUACCUUUCUAAUUUGGUUUCACUUGAUAUUUCUGGUUAUGGAUUACAACUUGAUGAGAGAACAUUUGAAACAAUGCUUCACAACUUUACAAAUCUGGAGUUACUAGCUCUCCCUCUUGGCAACACCUCAUCACAUAUACCUGUAAGUAUUCAUCCCAAUAGCAGCCUCUUCCAGCUUCAUCAUCUCCACACACUAAACCUUGUUAACAAUUAUUUUUAUCCUUCUUCAAUCCCAAAUGGCAUUGGCCGAUUGAGGAAUUUGAGGCUUCUAAAACUCUCUGGCUUUGAUGGGAAAAUCCCAACAGAAAUCUCAUACCUUAACAAUUUGGUUUCUCUUGAUCUUUCAUAUGGUUAUGCAUUACAACUUGAUGAGAGAACAUUUGAAGCAAUAUUUCAGAACUUCACAAAUCUGGAGAUACUUUCUCUCUUUAAAGUCAACAUCUCAUCUCCGAUACCUGUGGAUCUUGGUUAUACUAAUCUGCGAGGUGUUCUCACAGAGAGCUUUUUCCUUCCGUCAAACAGCUUGGAAACGCUCAAAUUGAGUGAUAAUGAUCUUCUCAAAGGAGUUUUUCCAAAGAUCCACCGGAGCAACACUCUGUUAAUGGAGUUGGAUAUUUCAUUCACUGGCAUCUCUGGUGAGCUGCCUGAUUCAAUUGGCACCUUCAGUUCCUUGAAUAUCUUGAACCUCCAUAGAUGUCAAUUCUCUGGUUCCAUUCCUGAUUCCAUAGGCAACCUAACACAAAUUGGGGAGUUGGAUUUAUCUAAUAAUCAUUUCACUGGCCAUAUUCCUUCCACAAUCUCUAAAUUGAAGCACCUCACAACUUUCCAUCUUUCUGACAACUCCUUUUCAGGUGAAAUUCCUGAUGUUUUCUCUAACCUCAAAGAUCUACGUUAUUUAGAUCUUUCUAACAACUCCUUUUCAGGUGAAAUUCCUGAUGUUUUCUCUAACCUCCAAGAGCUACGUACUUUACAUCUUUCUUAUAACAGCUUCAUCAGUUCGUUUCCCGCUUCAAUUUUAAGUUUGACAAAUCUUGAAUACUUAGACAUGUCGAGUAACUCCCUAUCUGGCCCACUGCCUAGCAACCCAAGCAUGCUUCAAAAGCUAACUUCUGUGGAUUUGUCAUACAACUCACUGAAUGGUACCAUACCAUCUUGGGUGUUUAGCCUACCUUUUCUAUCUUCAGUGUUGCUCCAACAUAACCGAUUCAGAGGACUAGCCGAUGAAGUGAUCAAAACAAACCCAACAUUAAAAGAACUGCAUUUAAGCAAUAAUCAACUCAGUGGUUCUUUUCCUCAAUCACUUGUGAAUCUCACAAAUCUUUUUACCCUUGACAUUUCAUCAAAUAACAUCACCAUUGAUGAGGGAAUGAAUAUCACCUUUCUUAGCCUAUCAUCUUUAUUCUUAUCAUCUUGUGAACUGAAGCAUUUUCCAUACUUCUUGAGAAAUGUAAAGACACUUGUGUACUUGGAUAUUUCUAACAAUAAGAUUUGUGGUCAAAUCCCUAACUGGUUUAGCGGCAUGAGGCCACCUACCACAAUUGCAUUUCCAUAA